CGGAAAUGGGUUGGCGUCAUUUCUUCCACGGCGGCCGUGGCGUGGCAGUACGCAUGCGCAGAGCGGACAGGGUUUCCUGACACCCGACGAGCGUCACACCGAAACAACUUUAGCCAUUAGGAUACAUCCCGUAGUUGUAUUGUGUCCUUCAUCAUGGGUCUGACCAUCUCAUCGAUCUUUAGCAGGCUGUUUGGAAAGAAACAGAUGAGAAUUCUCAUGGUGGGGCUGGAUGCUGCCGGCAAAACCACAAUACUGUACAAACUCAAACUUGGAGAAAUUGUGACCACCAUUCCAACCAUAGGUUUUAAUGUAGAGACCGUUGAAUACAAGAACAUCUGCUUCACCGUGUGGGAUGUCGGUGGCCAGGAUAAGAUUCGUCCUCUCUGGAGACACUAUUUUCAGAACACACAGGGUCUGAUCUUUGUGGUGGACAGCAAUGACCGAGAGAGAGUGGCCGAAUCUGCAGAGGAACUUUCUAAAAUGUUGCAGGAAGAUGAACUGAGGGACGCCGUGCUGCUGGUUUUCGCAAACAAACAGGAUCUGCCUAACGCCAUGGCUGUCAGUGAACUCACAGACAAACUUGGACUGCAAAGUCUACGCAGUAGAACGUGGUAUGUCCAAGCGACCUGCGCUACACAGGGCACUGGACUAUAUGAAGGACUGGACUGGUUAUCCAAUGAGCUCUCCAAACGCUAGUGUCCCUGUUAGGGGUGAGAUGGUGCAUAUGAACCAAUGGAAAGGCUAGAGACUCCUCUUAGAAUAUUUAAGUGUGUGACACAACUGGAAACUGGGGAGAAACCAUCAAACACUCUGCGCCUGUCUUAGCUUUCCUUUUCUACAAUAUAUUUCUUUGCCCAAGUUUAUCUAUUUCUUUUCUUGUUAUUUUGUUUUAAAUCCAACAAAUUUUGCGAGAGGUAAAAUGUUUUGAAGGACCUUCCUUUGCUGUGGCUUUUUCAGUUUCUCAUGCAAAACCAAAAACACUGGAGCCCCUGAUCAGUGAGCAGGGUUAUUGGUUUUGCUUUAGUCUGAUCAGCAUUGUUUAUCUGAGGUUUUGUUGUCAAGCUCACUGGAGAAUCUCUGGAGUUAGUAAUAUUUCAGAACUGGACUUUACAUGUGGAGUCGUUUGGCGAAUCAAAGCCAUGCCUGUUCCAUCAGUUCUUAUAGAUAUGCAACGCUGUAAAGUUUGUUACAUUGCAUUAUCCGCUGUAGUGGCAUGGAGUCCUGUGGUGCUUCUAAACAUUAUCCUUGUCUGCAUGAGUCUUCUAGAGUUUACUUCAUUCUGGAUCUUGGUUGAAAUUCUCCUCAUCAACAGCACAUGGCAUGAAAAGGUUAAGUUUCUCUUACUAGGUUAGUUUCCCCCCCCCCACACAAUCCAUUGUUGUUUGUGGCAAAUGUCUAAAUGACCCAGAACACUGGUUUUACUUAAGGUCAGAGUUCAAGGGAACAUGAUGUUCUUUAGCCACAACGAUGCAAUGAAGCUCUUUCCAUUAUAAUUUUAAAGUUGAAAUCGAUUGACGUGUUUUAUGUUCGUCAUGCCAUGUGAAAUGUUUCGCUCAAGCGUGUUUCUUGAGCUUACCAUUUUUUUUUUUUUAAUGUCUGAAUCUGAAUGAAGAUUUAAUGUAUUGAUG